AUGCUGGGGCCGCCCCAGGCGUUGCCCGUCGAUGUCUUCAUGCGGAUGCAUGGGGCGCGGAUCAUUGUCGAUGACCCACCCAGCUCCGAAGCACGCCGUGAUGGCCACGACAUUUACUUGCCGAACCACACUGAGUCUGUGUCGCACAUUGCCGUCGAUGUGGGCGGCUCGCUUGCGAAGGUGGUGUACUUUACGCGUGCGAGCUCGAAUGCCAACGCCUUAGAAAAUCCGCAUGUGGACGAGCUACAUGAAGAUGACUCCGCAUCCUGCCCGCCCGUGCUGUUUCACCCAGCAAGGCUUCGGCGUCGCUCGCUGCCGCCUGCCUUUCCCGGCGGACGCCUCAACUUUGUCAAGUUUGAGUCGAGCAACAUAGACGCCUGUGUCCAGUUCCUGCACGAUCUGAUCGAGAAGAGUGCGGUGGCCAACCAGGUGACCGUGGACGAAAUGCAGAAAAGCGUCAAAAUUAUGGCGACGGGCGGCGGUGCUCACUUGUUCUAUGAGCGCUUCACGGGGGACCUUGGCGUCGAGGUGCAGCGCGAGGACGAGAUGGAGUGCCUGAUAACUGGUCUCAACUUUAUGACACUCAUUCCCGACGAAGUCUUUUGGUUUUCCGACCGCCUAGUUGACGAGAUGAUGCAUAUAAGCGCGCACACUGACAUGUCGUUCUCGCGAGGAGACUCAAGCGUGAUUGAGGGCGGCUCGGAGACGCUGCCGCGCCCGAGUGCGAGUCCGCCAUUGUACGAGCCCAUGUUUGAGUCAUCGCCAUCGCCCAAGCUGCCCUGUUUGUUGGUAAACAUUGGCUCGGGCGUGAGCAUCCUCAAGGUCGAUGAGCACGGACAGUUUGAGCGUGUGAGUGGCACUAGUCUGGGUGGCGGAACACUCUGGGGCCUACUGGGCCUGCUUACGGAUGCCCGCAGCUUUGAUGAGAUGCUCGAGCUGUGCGAGCGUGGCGACAACAGCCACGUCGAUAUGCUCGUUGGCGACAUUUAUGGCCCCAUUGGCCUAGACCACCUCGGUCUCUCCGCAUCGACUAUUGCAUCAUCGUUCGGAAAAGUGUUCCGCUGGGACCGCCGAGGCGACGUGCCCGACGCGCCGAGCGAUAGUGCUGGCGCCGCCUCGGCACGCCGCCGCGCGCGUUUCCGCCAGGAAGACAUCUGCCGCAGUCUGCUGUAUGCCAUCAGCAACAACAUUGGGCAGAUUGCACACAUGAACGCGGAAAAGUACAAGCUCGAUCGUGUGUAUUUUGGUGGCAGCUUCAUCCGCGGUCAUCGCGCGACCAUUGCCACGUUGUCGUAUGCGAUCCGGUUCUGGAGCAAGGGCCGUCGGCGCGCCUAUUUUUUGCGGCAUGAGGGCUACCUCGGUGCGGUCGGCGCAUGGGUGCGCCACAUUGCGACGCGGACUGAGGAGAGUGCGUCGACAGGGCCGCCCGUGCCUCCGAUGCUCGCUGAGGCGCUGGGUGGGGCGCCGCUAGAUCCUCCCUCUACCACCUCCCGCGGUGGCACGGAUGUCGCCGAUCUGCUCGACCAGCUCGCUGAGCUCAAUACCCAGGAUAUGCCGCAGGAUGCGGCGUCUAUCGGGAAGCUGAUGACGCAGCUUGACCAGGCGCACCAAGUCGCGGACAUGAUCGAGACGCGCGUGGACCAGCUGCUGGAAAAGCUUGGUGCGGUUCUACCGGAUCUCGAGUCAUCUACAGACUCGCCUGUAUAG